GGUCACACUGCUCGGCAGCGCCUAUAAAUACCAGUGCCGCACGCCAUUCGAGAAAAAAAAUAAAAAUAAAAAUUAACGAAAAGCUGCGUUGCCGGAAAAUUCGUGUUGGUUUCCGAUAGAAAAACCCGAAAGUCGCGGCGUGCGGACCAUUUUUUUCUGUUUCAAUGCAACACCAGUGAAGAGCAACAACAAGCACUGUUCGAUUAGCGGCGGCCCGGGCGCAUAAAAAAGUGAAAUUGCCUUUUGCGGCAGAGUUGGCCAAAAAUCGAAAGAAAUCAACAAAAGUACAAAAAAAAAAGAGUAGAAAACAACAACAAAUUAAGUACACACGGCAACGGCGAACAGGCGUCGCUGUGUUUGUGUGUGUGCGUCCGCGGUGGUUUGCCAGUGUGCGUCCGUGUGUAGUUGUUGCGCCAAAAAGUUCCAAUCGGAAUUCUGGCCAGCGAAAGAGGAACAGCUGCUGGCCGCAACGACGACAUCGACAACAACAACAACAACGAGAAGCUAAAAGCGACAGCAACCAGUGACAACAACAAAACGCGGCCAAGAACUUUUGUAGCUGCCGAAAAAUGGGCGACUUCGAUCUGAACGUGGACAGUUUGAUACAGCGGCUGCUGGAAAACUUCAAAAAACAAAAAGAGGCCGAAGAGCACGCCCAGAAGCUGCUCAUUGCUCAACAAUUGGCCGCUGCCGGCGGAGCAGCCGCUGCUGUGGCCGCCGCAUCAGCUGCUGCUGCCGCGGCCGCUGUAACCGCCUCGUCACCCACAACCUCCGGCAGUUGCUCGGUGGCAGCGGCAACGGCGGCGGGCUCCAUUUCGGGGCCUGGCUCCGGUUCCGCCUCUGGAUCGGGUUAUGGUUACGAUCCGCUGGAUGAGCUCACCGAACAGCAGCGUCGUCUGUUGCAACAAUACUCGAUAUCGCCGCCCAGCGAGACUAUGAUAUCGGCCGACGGCGACCAGAUAACGGUCCAUCAUCCGCGCGAGGAGCCCAAGAAAUCGCGAUUGAAAUUGCGUGACUUUUUCGUCGCCGAAUUUGUGCGCAGCUGCCGAACGGGCAAACAGGUGCAGAUGACCGAGGCGGAGGUGCGCGGUCUGUGCCUCAAGUCGCGUGAGAUUUUCUUGCAACAGCCAAUCCUGCUGGAGCUGGAGGCACCGCUGAUCAUCUGCGGCGACAUUCACGGCCAGUACACAGACCUGUUGCGGCUGUUCGAAUACGGUGGCUUUCCGCCGGCUGCCAACUAUUUGUUCCUCGGCGAUUAUGUUGAUCGGGGCAAGCAGUCACUGGAGACCAUCUGCCUGCUGCUGGCCUACAAGAUCAAGUAUCCGGAGAACUUUUUCUUGUUGCGCGGCAACCAUGAGUGUGCCAGUAUUAAUAGGAUUUAUGGCUUCUACGACGAAUGCAAGCGUCGCUACAAUGUAAAGCUGUGGAAGACCUUCACAGAUUGCUUCAACUGCCUGCCAGUGGCCGCAAUCAUUGACGAGAAGAUCUUCUGCUGCCACGGCGGCCUCAGUCCCGAUCUGCAGGGUAUGGAGCAGAUACGCCGCCUGAUGCGGCCCACAGAUGUCCCAGACACUGGCCUGCUGUGCGAUCUACUGUGGAGUGACCCGGACAAGGAUGUCCAGGGCUGGGGUGAGAAUGAUCGCGGUGUGAGCUUCACAUUUGGUGUGGAUGUGGUUUCCAAGUUUUUGAAUCGUCACGAGCUGGACUUGAUCUGUCGUGCACAUCAGGUUGUUGAAGAUGGUUAUGAGUUCUUUGCCCGCCGCCAGCUGGUAACUUUGUUCUCGGCGCCCAAUUAUUGCGGGGAGUUUGAUAAUGCCGGCGGCAUGAUGACCGUGGACGACACGCUCAUGUGCUCAUUCCAGAUCCUGAAACCAUCCGAAAAGAAGGCCAAGUAUCUGUACAGUGGAAUGAACUCUUCGAGACCCACAACUCCGCAGCGAAGCGCCCCAAUGUUGGCGACCAACAAGAAGAAAUAAUAUAUCCAUCCGCUUCCAUUUCCUUAAAGGUUCAACAAAACAAAACAAAACAAAACAAAAAGCUAAGAAAACCAACAAAAAAAAGUAAAGAAAAAAAAAGUAAAAACAACAGAAAUAAACUUUUAUAUAGAUACACACACAUAUAUAUAUAUAAAUAUAUAUAUGGAAAUAUAUAUAUGCAUAUAGGAGGAGCGAGAGUCAAGGCAAAAAUGAACAUUUAUGUGUAUACCCCCCGGACAGGUAGUAUCUGUAACUAAUUCAAUGACCUUGCCUGUAUUCACUAUCAGCUCUCCCGCAUCCCCAAAGUUGCAGAUAAAUAAAGUAAAUCAAUUAAAAGUA